AUGGACAAAGGUUUUAAACUCCUAAGUUGGCUCACAAAAGUGGAUGCUGUACAACGAAAAGUGGGCAGAUUUUGUCUCUCAUCAACGGCCACGGCGGAGGUUGCUAAUGGAUUAGAGAAACUCAUAAGCAAUGUUGUCAACUCCAAAUAUUUGACAAAAAAGUAUAUCCUUCCUGUUGCAGAACGACCCAAGUUCUCUUCCGAUGAAUCCCUUUCUGAAUCCAUUACUGUAUUUGAUCUCAGUCGUGUUUCUGAUGGUUUAGGUCGACAAAAUAUUAUCCGGCAGAUCUCUAAAGCCUUUGAAGACUAUGAAUUUUUUCAGAUCAUUAACCAUGGGGUUCCAAAAGAAGUUAUUCAAGACAUGUUGGGUGUUACCACAGAGUUUUUUGAGAUGCCCAUUGAAGAGAGAAAAAAGCUCUACUCUAAGGACCCCAAAACACAAGUCAGAGUUUGCACAAGUUUUAACUUUCAAAGCAAGGUUCAGUUUUGGAGAGAUUUUCUGAGGCAUCCAUGCCAUCCAUUAGAGGAUUACAGCUUAUCUAACGCAGUGGAGGCCUCUUCCUGUAGGGAGGUAGCUAGUAAGUAUGCUCUUGAAAUCAAGGCAUUGACACUAAAGCUCUUGGCUCUAUUAUCUGAAGGAUUUGGACUUGAUUCUGGUUAUUUGAAUGAGAAAUUUGGCAAGCAUAAUCAAAUACAGUUGAUAAAUUACUAUCCUCCAUGCCCAGAUCCCAUCCUAACACUUGGGCUGCCAGGGCAUUCCGAUUCAAAUGGCAUUACAGUUACUUUGCAAGAUGAAGUAGGAGGAUUGCAAGUGCUCAAAGAUGGAAAAUGGAUCAUCGUGAAACCGGAGAAAAAUGCUUUUGUGGUUAAUAUAGCCAAUAAUUUGCAGGUUAUCAGCAAUGGGAGGUUCAAAAGCGUGGAACACAGUGCAAUUACGAAUUCCACAUCCUCUCGAAUUUCAUUACCAACAUUUUAUGGUCCCUCUUUGGAUGCAUCAAUUGGGCCUGCCAAUGAAUUACUGAACAAAGAAAGCCCUGCAAUUUACAGGAGUUACACAUUUGGGGAGUUCUUUGACAGGUUUUCCCUCUCUGAGGUUCUUCUCUUUCUCAUAGGCUUCGUUUCUUUCCCAGAGGCAUUCUAUCACCCAUUUUCGAGAAGCUUAUCUAACACAGUGGAGGCCUCUUCUUGUAGGGAGGUAGCUAGCAAGUAUGCUCUUGAGAUCAGGGUAUUGAUACUAAAGCUCUUGGCUCUAUUAUCUGAAGGACUUGGACUUGAUUCUGGUUAUUUGAAUGAGCAAUUUGGCAAGCAUAAUCAAAUACAGUUGAUAAAUUACUAUCCUCCAUGUCCAGAUCCCAACCUAACACUUGGGCUGCCAGGGCAUUUCGAUCCUAAUGGCAUUACAGUUCUUUUGCAAGAUGAAGUAGGAGGAUUGCGAGUGCUCAAAGAUGGAAAAUAG